AUGUCCCGCCUCGCGCAGGUGUCGGACUUCCUUACUACCGAGGGUGCCCCGGAAGCUCACGACUCGCUGAAGCGACGUGGCCUUCUGCAUGAGUGGCGAGCUGGCAUGUUUGUGAUUUUUGUUUCCCAUCAGUGGCUGAGCGCCGCACAUCCGGAUCCUGAAGGGCGUCAAGUCGCAGUGUUGCGUGAUGCCUUGUCCGGUAUGAUCAGCGGCUCGUUAGAUGUGCGUGUGGACUUCAUUUCCUCGUCAUUCAAUAACAAUAAGAUGCCGCGCGACACACGACGGCUAGUUGCGUCUGGCUUCCUGUUCUUCGACUGGUUUGCGAUCCCACAGAUUACAGCGCGUAUGGAGGGCGUGAAUGAAGAGACUACAAGGUCAGAUGCUGCACUAGCCGUCCGGAGCAUCCCUGCUUACGUGGAGGUUUCGAACCUUUUCGUUGCGCUGGUUCCGGAGCAGCUACAUGCAGGGACCGGUCUGCCUUGCAACUAUGCAUCUUGGCUCUCGCGAGGAUGGUGCCGGGCCGAGCUAUGGUGUCAUCUUCUCUCGAACAAGCCUGACACGAGUGUGAUUGUUGUGCAUUCGCAAGCGGAAGCAGAGUACAUGUUCCCGAUGGAUUGGCAGCAAAAUCUGAUUGCCGAGGGCGAGUUCACGGUAGAGAGUGAUCGGUCAGUCGUCGUGAAGCUAGGUGACAUGGCCGUGAUGAGCAAGAUCCAGCACUUGUCAGACAAUGGGCCCGCCAGCCACUUCCGAUUCUAUUUGGCCCUCCGGCCUCGGUUGCUUGGGCAGGAGAGGAGAGAUCGCACCCCCGACGAGUUUCUGCGUCACUUCCGGUUCACAAGCCUGCGAGCAGCAGCAGAGGAUGAGAGCUCCAUGAACCUACACGUGCCUAUGCUGCGCCUCCUCGCCGCAGAUCGGGCGGAUGUGAACUUCAAGCUGCACGGGCUGAGUGACUUAGGCUACUUCGACACCCAGACUGUUCUCAUGGCGGCUGCCAAAUCUCGACAGGAGCCUGAGAUGCUUUCUGCACUCGUUGAGCUUAGAGCUGAUGUGGAGACGCGAUCCAGGUCUGCAAUCGUGUGCGCGAAGGCAGAUCUGGAGGCAAGUUGGGUCUUGAAUGGUCCCGCCGCGCUGGCGAGCACCGAGACGGUGGCAGCGAUGAUGGAGUUUCGUUGUGACCCCAACUUCGACUUUGUUGCCAUCGGUGUCAGAUACGGCCCGUUGCAUUCCAUGGCUUUGUCUUCCCGUGCAAACAGGCACGCGGAAGCCACUGCGAAGCUGCUGCUUAGAAGUCGUGCCGAUGUAAAUGCAAGAGCAAGGCCGCAAGGACAGUUCGCACAAAAGUGCCGUGAGUCUCAAGUGGAGGUAGCAAGUAGGGGCUGGGGUGCGUGCCCAAUGCGGACAAGGUUCGAAGCAAGUGCACCUGGCCUCACUCCCAUCAGCGUGGCGGCGCUUAUGGGCCAUGAGGCGUUGGUCAAAGUCUUCCUGGACUUUGGAGCUGAGAUGAUUCCCAAUGAACGUGGCGAUAUGCCAGAAGACCUGGCAGUUUUGAAUGGGCAUGCCCAUUUGACUACGACGUUGCUUGAUAUUGAUUCGAUACAAGAUCCUGUGCGGCAUCACCUAGCUUGCACAGCUCUCAAGUUAAGGCGAGCUUUCUCCUUACCUCACUACCUCACGAGAGUGGAGCUCCGUCAAGCCAUGGGCAACAAGUGUUGCUGCGCUGAUGGGGUCGGGGUGGACAUGCAGCCCGUGCAUGACAUGGCUUUUCCGAUGUGCCUCGUGAAGGAGAGAGGCCAGCUUUAUGCCUGGCAUCCCGGCAUGUUCGUGCUAUUUAUUUCUCACCAGUGGCUCGGGACUACUCAUCCGGAUCCGCAUGGGCAGCAAUGUGCGGUUCUCCGCAAGGCCCUUUCAGGAAUGAUCAAUGGGAGUUUACAAGUUCAGACAGACCCCGUGACGUUAAUCCAUCGCGCGCCGCCGAGCUUGUCAUCAGCCAUUCGCAAGCAAAUUUCCGAUGGCUUCCUCUUCUUCGACUGGUUUGCAAUACCACAGGUCACGGCACGCCUGGCAGGCGUGAAUGAAGAUGUGACUCGGUCAGAGGCUGCGCUAGCUGUUCAAAGCAUCCCGGCAUAUGUAGAAGUGUCCGCCCUUUUCAUCGCCCUGGUGCCAGAGCUUACGCACACCGUGACGGGGUCUAAAUGCAAUUACAUUUCUUGGCUGUCGAGAGGAUGGUGCCGAGCCGAGCUAUGGUGUCACGUCCUAUCCAACAAGACAAACACGAGUAUCAUCGUGGUGUACUCCUCACACGAAGCAGAGUUCAUGUCUCCUUUAGACUGGCAGCGCCACGGCAUUUCAGAAGGAGACUUUACUGUAGAAUCUGACCGUGAGGCUGUGAGCAAGCUGGGUGACAUUGCCGUGCGGGCAAAGAUCGAACACCUGUCAUCAGUGGGCCCGUUGAGUUCAUAUCGGUUCUACUUGGCCCAGCGCGCACAGUUGUUGGGACAAGGAAGUGGGGCUUGGGGAAGAGAUGCCUUCCUUGAGCAGUUUCGAUUUCCCAGCCUGAAGGCGGCCGCCACAGACAGGAGCAGCAUGAAUGGCCUGAUGUGUGCCGUUUUCGCAGGCGAUGCCGAUAUCAUUCGCCACUUGGUCCACCUAUCAGCAGAUGUAAACAUGAGGCUACAUGGCUUGGACGACUUUGGGUAUUUUGAAAGCCAGACGCUUUUGAUGGCCGCGGCGAAGUCGCAUCAGUCCGCUCGGGUGCUUUCAGCGCUCAUCGAGCUUCGCUGUGAUGUGAACGCACGGGCCAAGAAUGGCACGAGCCCUUCAUACAUGGUGCGAUCGCCUGAGCAAGUGUUGGUGCUUCAAACGGCCAAGGCCGAUUUACAUCGCGCAGAUCCUCCCUUGGGGCUGACUCCGCUGACAGGGGUUGCAUCCUUUGCAUCUGCAGAGACAGUCAUGGCCAUGCUAGCGGCUCGGUGCAGCCCGAAUCCAGAAUUGCAAGGUCUUGGCUAUACCCCCUUACAUGGGGUAUCAUUCUUCUCGCGUAGCAAUAGAAGCUCGGAGGAAACAGCAAAGCUGCUUCUAGCUCAUGCUGCAGAUGUCAAUGCCCGCGCGCAACCGGAAGGCAUGUAUUCUUGGAUCUGUGCCCUGGCCCGCUCACACUGUGCCGUGUACGGCUUCGAAGCAAGUCCUGUGAUGGCACGGGCAUUUGCAAGCCUUCCUGGGCUUACGCCACUUGGUGCAGCUGCUUUUGUCGGUUGCGAAGCCAUGGUGUGCAUCUUGCUGGAGCACGAGGCAGUCCCCGUCGCCAAUGACCGAGGGGACUCGCCUGAAAGCUUGGCUGCUGCCAACCAGCACUUGCUAGAUGCUGUGCUGGCCGUCCACAUCAUCGUCUGCAAGAUGUGGAAUCAUCGCCUUGCUGCUGUUCCAGGUGAUGACUCUUGUUCGACUGCUGAGCGGCAAAUGUAUCUGUAUGAGCACGGCCAGUCAUUGCGAAGCCCUGCCACGCUCAAUGGCCAACGCAGCCACGAGAAGGUCUGCAGACACGAGGUUCUUGGAAGACUCCUGAACCGGACAGUUCCCCGCAGAACCUUUGCCCACCUGUAUUCCGACACUCUGUGUUUUGCCAAGGUCACCUGCCAGGCCUGGGUGGACAUGGAAGCCCUCAUGGAGGCCCUCAAUAGCUCAUGGCAGGUGCUCCUCAGCGUCACCUUGGUGGCCUUUGCUGUGGGCGUAUUGUGUACCUUAGAUGUGGAGUUGGUCUUCGGCCUGCUCUUGGUGGCAUUUGGGGUGUGCGCCUUUAUCGUGUUUUUCUUCUUCGCCCUCUGCGGGUGGUCGUUUGGUCCCUGGGAGCUGACCAUCAUGACUGUGUUUCUCAGCUAUGCAGUCGAGCCUGCCUUCCACAUCGGUUACGACUUCGUCAUGCCGGGAAUGCCAGAAGGCUUGCAGCCUGAACAGGGCGUGCAGCCGGCGGAAGGUUUGGGCGCGGCAGCUGGGAGUGGGCAGCCGCCAGCAUCUGGCCCACAGGCUGAACGUGCCAGCAGCGAUGGCCUGUCACAGGCGAGCGACCUCCAUCCAAAGGAGGAUGACUCGCCUGAGGCAGCCAUGCAGCGAUCUAUCCACGCAGUCGCCAAGAACUUGAUCUCCAACUCUAUCAAGCUGAUGUUGCCGGCCCCUGAGUCUUCGACGAUCUGUACUGCUGCGCGCUGUCAAUCCUUGACCCAGUCCAGGAUUGGCAGCUACAGUUAA